AUGGGCCCCGGGGUCCCUCUACAGGAUGACAAGCAGAAGAAAUUGGAUGGGCUUGUCCAAAAUCUCAGGUUGGUCUACCAAGCCUACCAUCUAGAAUGGGUUGAACACUGCAAGGCAAUGGACCGGCUCCGGCUCCAAUUAACUCAAACACAACGACCAACGCUGACCUCAGUCACAACAACCACAGGAAUCUCUGCUGGAAUAUCUGUCAUUGAAUCUGUUGAAAGUAAAACCAAUGGUGGUGGAGGAAAAUCAUCCAGUUUGGCUGGGAUCACAGGCUCCUUGACGGCCACUGGUUGGACAACCUGUUGGACUGCCAACUUUAGCACCUUCGGAAUAGGAGAUGCUGUCACUGAUGCCCAGUUUGACCUGAUACUUGCUCAACUAGGUACAGCUGUCUUGUCCCACCACCAGGAGAUGAGCCGUAUGAUGAAGUGGUCUAUCAGUUGGAACCAAUGGUGA